GCUCGAGCGGGAGGGCCGCGGCAGGGUGCGGCGGCGCCUCCGCUCGGCCAUCGCCGCCGCGAUGGCCUCCCGUGCCCAGGGUCGCGCGGUGGCGGCGCUGGACCUCCCAGAGAGCGAGUUCACCUACGUCGCGGGGAAGCAGGACAGGCCGUGGAGCCAGUUCGCGCAGCGAUGGAGCGCCAUCCAGCCGCGCCUGGCGGCGGCGCUGCGGGCCGUCGGCGAGGACCGACCCCUGCGGGUGGUCGACCUCGGCUCGUGCACGGGCUUCUUCGCGCUCAACGCCGCGCACCAGCACCCCGAGGCGGACGUGGUCGGCGUGGAGGGCUCCGUGGGCAUAGGGAACGGCAACGUUGGCAUGGACCAGGGCUCCGCGCAGCAGAUCCUCAAGACGUCUGCCGCGCAGACCCACCUGCGGUGGAUCCGCCGUUUGGGCCUGAAGAACUGCUUCAUCGCUCCAGAGGUCUGGGACUACCUGCGCGUCUGCGACCUGGCCUCGCACGGGCGGCCGAUAUGCGACGUCAUGUUCAGCCUCUCCGUCAUCCACCACGUCCACGGCGCGUCUCUCAAGCAGUACGCGCCCAGCGGUCUCUCCCACUUGGAUGGCCUCAUCGACCUGAUGGGCAAGCUGCUGUUGCUCGCCCCCUGCCACUUCAUCGAGCUGCCGAAUCGACCCUGGAUCGAGGAGGCGCACGACCACUACGGCUCCCAGCGCGCCAUCCUGGAGGCCGCCGCCAGGGCAUCGGGUCGCGAGUGGCAGUUCACAGGUCCUCUCAGCGUCGCCCAGUGGUUUGGCACGCGGGAGCUCUGGCUCCUGGAGGUGCGCGUUCCCUUGCCGCCCCUCGACAUCGAGAGGUGCCCGUUCCCGCUGCUCUACCAGGACCCCGGCGUGGUCGGCCAGGGCGCGGGGGGCGCCGGCGCUUCGGACCUGGAGGACGGCGUCGCCGAGGGGCUUUUCGGCGGCACUGGCGAGGACGCGGCCAGCCUCUUCAGUGACUUCACAAAGGGGCCAGCCGCGAACUGCCUGGCGCUGGACGUCGGGGGGCGGACCAUCGACCCGGGCCUGAUGCUGCUGACGGAGCCGUGCCACCCGGUGGACCAGGGCGUGGGCGCCCUGCUGAGCUCUGCGCCGACGGAGCUGCUGGUGGCGCACCUGGCGCUGCGGGAGGCCGUGGCCGAGGCAGAGGACGCGCUCCAGGAGGCCCGCGAGGCCGAGCUGCUGCCGGAGGACGUCGGCGGCGCGCGCCGGUCCACCGCCGCCGCGGAGAGCGUGGGCUGGCGCCGGCUGGGCGCGCGUGAGUCAGCGCUGGUGUAGACGUCUGCUGCCGUAGCCCGGCCUGGCGCGGUUCUCCUCCGCUUCCUCCCUUGGCCGCCACCUC